UUGGUUCUCCAAUUUACACCCAAAUAUCUCUUCCUUCACAUAAAAUUAUUAUAAACCAUUACAACCAUGUAUCUCAAAGCUAAUCUUUCUAACAACCUCAAAAGAAACAACCCUUCUACUUUUAUAUUCACAUAAACAAAACAAAACAAACAAAAACAUAGUAACAAAAAUGGCUACUUCAAUUUCAGCAAAAGGGUGUGUUGGUUCAUCUUUCUAUGGAAGUUGGGGAACUAGUAUAGUUGGUGAAGAUUACAACAUGCUUAAGUCAAGUGUUUCAUCACAAGUUAGAAUUGGAAGAGGUAAGGGAGUGAGGUUGCAACCUAUGAUGAAGAAUGUUAAUGAAGGGAAAGGUAUUUUUGCUCCAAUUGUUGUGAUUACUCGUAAUAUUGUUGGAAAGAAACGUUUCAAUCAGAUUAGAGGCAAAGCUAUUGCUUUACACUCUCAGGUGAUUACCGAAUUUUGCAAAUCAAUAGGAGCAGAUGGGAAACAGAGACAAGGACUGAUCAGGUUGGCUAAGAAGAAUGGAGAAUGGCUUGGAUUUCUUGCAUGAUAAAUUAACAAAUGUUCCUCCACAUUUUGUAAUUACUAUGUUAUAAACUUUCAUGUUUAAUUAAACUUGAUGGUUUUCAAUUGACAGCAGAAUGUAAACUAGGAACUCAUCUCUAGUUGUGAAAUUUCAUUCUAAUAUAAUUGCUGUCUCAUUUUGUUCUUUAGAGUUUAGAUACAUUAAAUGGAAUAGUGUUACUCA